CUGAACUCGAUUGUGGUCGACAGGUUUUGUGUGAUUCUAGAAUAUUCUUCGUCAAGGCCUCUCAGUCUACUUAAACUAUGACGACAAGUGACGACUUUCCUAUAGCCAUUUUGGUGUCAUUCUCGGUAUUUUACAGUACGUGUUUCAUGCUAUCGACCAUUGGCAAUACUUGGGUGUUGUUACGCUGCUACAAGAAUUUGAAACAAAGAUACUAUCCAUUCAUGUUGCUGUUGACAAAUUUAGCAUCGGCAGAUCUUCUCUUUACUUUCCUAACGAUUUUUAAUGGUAUCGGAUUCUUGGAACAGUGGAUCGGUGGGAACAUUACCUGCAAACUCCAAGGAUUCUUGCUCGAGGCGAGCUACACAACUUCAGUAACUACACUUGUGGCCAUAAGCCACCAAAGACUUCGGGCUCUUGUCGACCCAUUCAGCGUUCGAAUCAGCAGUUGGAGCAACAGUCAACGCAUAAAACUCAUUUUAAUGUGGACUUCUAGCUUGCUUGUAUGCUCUCCUUUGGUAUAUAUCUAUCGCGUUAAAACAAAUGAAAACGGCGACGUUGUUUGUGUUACGACGACGAGGGGAAAUAGAAUUCCGCAAAUUUUUUAUAGUGUUCACACAACAAUAUUCUUUGUUAUACCGAUGUUGUAUAUGAUAAUUAUACAGAGCCGCAUUUAUCGUUCUCUGCGAGUUGUGCCUAUAAUCAGAAACUCCUCGUGUUUUAUUUUGCAAUUAAAUAAACGCCACAGGAAGGCUGCCAAGACACUUGCUGCUCUUAGUACAGCGUUUGUGAUAUGUUGGUCCCCGUUCAUGGUCAUACGAACGCUGCUUCAAUUCCACUUGGCGUCCCCUGGUUUAGUUUGGAGGAUGUCUCAGCUUUUAAUCUUUUUCAAUGCUGGGUUAGAUCCUCUGUUGUAUGGUUAUUAUGGAGGAAAUAUGAAGUCUUCCCUGAGGAGAAUUCUAUGUCGCUAAUAGUACUUAUGGCGCAUGUCUAUACCAUUUGAUAAAAAGGUCAAUUUUCAUCGACGCAUUCCCUUCAUUUCCCUUGUGGCAGGCAACUGAUAUGUUCCGAGUUCCUGGCCAACAUGCCCUCGAGUCAUGACCAAAUAUUUCGAUCAGGUCAUACAUUAGAUAUAUUCCAGAAUGUUUGUAGCCAAUGUAAAGUUAGGAGCACCGAGAAGAAAGAGGCCGGAACUGUCUGAUUAAAACUUUCACUGGGAGGAGGUUUUUAAUUUGCAUCAAUUGGUAAAGAUUAAAUGAUUUUCUGGAGAAACUGUGACACCAUCGUAUUUUCCACCGUAGAUGUCAUUUUAGGAGCCUGUUCCAGGCUGUAACUCACCACUGUAGAAGCAGGAGAAAUAGCAGGGGAGACAAAGGAGGUUUGCAGUUGUCACUGAAAUGGCCCCUAUUUCCUCGUUUCCUCGAAGCAAGAACCAGGACACAGCAACUGACAGUUUGAUCCAUCUUUCUCGGAAAAAAGCUGGUGUAAAAUGAUUUGCACCCUUAGCCAGCAACCUGCA